CGGAUGCUUCCUGAAACAUCUCAGCGUGGACGUCAGCAGGAGACAUGCUCACCAUCAAAGUUGGAAAAACUAGCUUGACAGAACAAUCAAGGCUCAUUGUAUGGCUUUUGAAGGCUGCGAUGCUGCUCGUGCCAGCACUCGUUGUUGUAGUGGUUGUGUUGCAGCUCUACAGCAACCCCCUCAAGGUUACAGGUCAGAGCGUGGUGGUCAGAGAGAACUCCAAACCAGCCCCUGAGAAGAAGCCGGCUGGAACAUGUUACCAAAAGACAGAAUGUCCAGAUGAUCAGAUCAGUUUUUACAUCCAGACUGGAGCCGCAAACGUCGUGGGUCCACUAAUCUGCAUCCACAACAACCUGAUUGUUGGGACGAUACUGAACAACGCCGGGCCAGGGAUAAAUAUUGUGACAUUAAAUGGUAGAACAGGGGAAGUCCUGAAGAUAGGCAACUUUAACAUGUAUGGUGGCGAAGUGGGGCCUUUGAUCGAGUUCCUGAAGAACAUCGAAGAAGGUUCUAUUGUUCUGUUUGCAUCCUUCGAUGAACCAGCAACAAAACUAAAUGAAGAAGCCAGGAAGCUGAUUGCUGAACUGGGAAGCUCAAUGGUCCAAACGUUGGGAUUCCGAGAUAGCUGGGCAUUUGUUGGUGGAAAAGGGACAACAGGAAAGAGCACCUUGGAAAAGUACCUUAAGAAUGAAAAAGCAACUAAUAAAUAUGACAGCUGGCCCGAGCUGGUUCACCUGGAAGGCUGCCUUCCUAGGUUCCUGGCGUGACCGGCUGCUUGAUCCUGAAUCCUGAAAUCACCAGCUACAGGAAUGGGAAACUGCAGAAACACAGUGUGUCUAUUAAUACUUUUUGCUUGAUGAAGUGUGGUGGAGAGCUACAUCCUGCUGUGGAAACUGAUCCGUGUGUCAGGGUGGGCCACAGCAUCUGCGUCAUUAAGCAGAUACCCGUCAAACCUUCUGACCUCCUGCUUCCUUGUGUGAAGAGAAAGACAUGGAUUCAGUUGCUGUGACCGAGAAGAGAAACAGAGCUUUUGAAAAGUUGUGAGGGUUGGGCAUUAGGGUAGAGUUUGGAUCUCUGCCUUAAUGACAGAAUAACUGCAACUACCUUUAUAGAACAACAAAACUGUUAUGAAGAAAGAUUUCACUGGAAGUGGGUUAACAAGGACAAUAAGCUGGCUUCUCCCAAUUGUGGACCUUAUUUCCCACAAGUAUGUUACUCCUCAACACUCACCUGUGCUGGUUAUGCGGCUGUGUUUGGUUUGGCAUCAUCUCUACCUACACAUCAUUGGAAAACUCAAAACUUUUCAAACCCGGGCACCAUUUAAAGAUGAUAACAGCAAAGCAGCAACAGUUUUCUCUCCACAGCAUGCUGCAAAUUAUUUCUACUGAAAGAAUCCAACAAAACAUUUCCUCCAAGCUCCUAGUUUAUUUGUCUCUUAACUCUUUCAUCUACUGAAAACAUCAUCAUGAGAAAAUAGCAUAUGGUUUUGCAGCAUGUAUUAUAUUAAAGUAAGAAAAUAAGAACAUUUUUUAAAGUAUAUUGUGGUUUUCUGGGGGUAUUUUGGGGCCAGAUGGAUACAUUUUACAUGUGGAUGUGUAUAGCUUUAAAAAAGAACAUACUUUUGAAAAAUUGUGUUUCUGGCUCUUUUUUUUGUUGCUGUUUUUCAAAAAACUUUGGCACUGUGUUGCUUUUAAAGCAGCUAUCACCAAGUGUGCUUCGCAGCAACAUCUGAAGGACGUCUUCUUCUGUCACAGUCAGUUUUGUUGGCCUUUCACUUGAAUGCAAACCAAGAUAGUGAGGCUGUGAGCCGACACAGUCCUUAAGUAAAAAUGCUGCAAAACAAGAACAAUAAAGCUGAUCAAAGACAAGUAGAACCGACUUGACUGGUUGUAUAUGCAGUCACUCAGCCGUAAGCCGACAUCGUUCAUGGGAGAGUGUCAUAGUUGUAAAUGUGCCAACACUCCUGAGAUGGGUGAGGUCACAUGUGUGUCAAGUGCUGCUUUUCUCGUUUCUCCUUUUUUCAGCUUCAGAUGCAGAUGGCGUGGAAGACGCUGAGCAGGUUAUUAUUCACAUCUCUGUGUUGCUGACAUGUUCAAACUGUUGACUGAAUAAACAGAUGACUCCAGACUUCUGAGUCAACAGAAAGAAGAGCUGUCUCAAAAAUUCAGGAGAAUUUAGGGAGCAAAUCAUCACACCAUGACGAUACUGGGAACAUGAGAUGGAGCAAAGGAGGCAGGUGGCAGUGUCAGGGGUGGAUUGUUUUAGAAAAUAACUUAAAGGGCAGAGGUGUCAAGUAACGAAGUACAAAUACUUUGUUACCUUACUUAAGUAGAAAUUUUGGUUAUCUAUACUUCACUGGAGUAAUUAUUUUUCAGACCACUUUUUACUUUUACUCCUUACAUUUUCACGCAAUUAUCUGUACUUUUUACUCCUUACAUUUUAAAAACAGCCUUGUUACUCUAUUUCAUUUAGGCCUUUAAAAAAAAACUAUCCAGUUAAAUUGCUCCAUCCGGAUAGAGUGAAUUUGGUUGUGGUUGUUUCAGAUGUUCUUGUCCAGUUUUGUUCUU